GGCGGCGGGGGCGCCCCUUUUGCGCUGCCGCCGCCGCCGCUGCUGCUGCUGCCGCCGGGCGCUCGGAGCGCUUCGCGCGGCUGCCUCGCCAGUCUCUCCAGCCGCCUUUCUUCCGUCCUUCCGCCCUGACUCAGAGGCCGCUGGGGGAGGACCGAGCCGGGAGCCCCCCUUCCAUGCCACCCCCAGCCCGCUUGGUCGUAGGUGGAAUGGAACAGUCAUGAAUGGUGAUGCCCUUUGUCAAGAACCUCCCUCCCAGCUUCCUGACUGGAGGGAAUUCUGUGAGCUCCAUGCCCAGGCUGCUGCAGUGGACUUUGCUCAGAAGUUCUGCCAAUUCCUGAAGGAAAAUCCCCACUACGACACCCCUGGGGCAGAGACCUCCUUCUCUCAUCAUUUUGCAGCAAAUUUCUUGGACAUCUUCAGCCUCGAGGUCAACAGGGUGUUUGUAUCCAACUCCCCUACUAAAUAUAACAUUGUGCCAUUUGUGGGCCUUCAGAACUGCCACAUGCCUUAUGGACGGGAUCUCUUGCCAAGGAAAGAACAGACUUCCGUGGAAUCUCUAGAUAGUAUGGACCACACACUCACCUCCACCAGGUAUUUAAGUCAAACUCAACAGGUUCAGGCAAGAAAAGUCUCCUCCUAUGGCCAGUCCCGAAGCUCAGAAGAUGUCUCUGUUCACAGUACCUCUAAGACAAAAUUCAAGAAAGGUUUUUCUCUGAGGAACAUGAGCUUGUGUGUGGUGGAUGGCAUGAAGGAGAUGUGGCAUCGGCGGUCUUCUCCAGAGCCAGGCGCAGAAGCCAUGCAAAACAAACAGUCUGACAGGGAACACUGUCCUCCUGGUAGCAAAGAACAUAGUGAUUCCAGAGAGAAAUGGACCCACAAGCUCUGGCUUUCAAAGGGGCAAUCUUCUAAAGUGGAUUUAGUGGACAUUCAGAGAGAGGGAACCCUCCGCUACAUGGUUGCUGAUGAUACAAACUGUGUGGGUAGCUCUCAGUGGCAAAAGUGCCGUUUGCUGCUAAGGAAAGCAAUAAAGAUAGAGGGGGAAAGGUUCCUUCUAGAGUUCUACGUUCCUCCUAAGGCUUCCAAAGCAAAGGUCAGCAUACCUCUCUCUGCUAUUAUUGAGGUCCGCACAACCAUGCCGUUGGAGAUGCCAGACAAGGACAACACCUUUGUGCUGAAGGUAGAAAAUGGUGCUGAAUAUAUCCUUGAAACAAUUGAUUCGUUGCAGAAACAUUCCUGGGUGGCGGACAUACAAGACUGCAUAGAUCCUGGUGCUCAGCAUACAGCUGCAGAAACUCACUGGUGCAGCAUCACCCCCUGUCCAAAUGCCCACUCUUCUCUUCUUUCCAGGGACAGUGGUGAUGACAUUGAACUCUCUUCCUGCACCCAAGGAGCAUGCCUGCCCAGCAGAGUGUCAUCUUGUAGCUGUGAGUUCCUGGCUGAUGAUGUGACCCGGUGUCAGGAUAGAUGUGCUGGCUCGACUGCCUCAGAUAGCAUAUCAAAUGCUGCCACAAUUGUCACAGCACCACAUGGCAGGAUCUCUGCAGGGGAAUAUAGAGCACAUGUGCCACUAGAGAACUUUUUGCAGACACUGGAGUCUCCAGCCAACAGCAGUCACACAGCAGGAGACGAAAGUGAGCUGGAAACAGAAAUCAAUCUCAUGGAGUUCCCUUGGUUCCAUGGGACGCUAUCACGGGUCAAAGCAGCCCAGCUAGUUCUCUUUGGUGGAGCCAAAAGCCAUGGAUUGUUUGUCAUUCGGCAGAGUGAAACCCGGCCCGGUGAAUAUGUGCUGACCUUUAACUUCCAGGGAAAAGCCAAGCACCUGCGUUUGUCCUUAAAUGAAAAUGGUCAAUGUCACGUCCAACAUCUUUGGUUCCAGAGCAUUUUUGAUAUGCUGCGGCAUUUUCAUAUGCACCCCAUCCCUCUGGAGUCAGGUGGUUCUGCUGACAUAACCCUCCGCAGCUAUGUAAUGGCCCAGAGUCCAUUGCCAGAGCUCACCCCAUCUCCAGCUGUGGCUUCCCAGCAGCCCGCUUGCAGAAAUGACCUCCAGUCUCAACAUUAUUUUUCCAGCUUUGUUCCAGUCACUUUUCAGCCAGCAUCUCCAUCAGAGGGCACUACAUCUUCCUCUUCUUCCUCAGCCAGCCAUUCACUUUACCAUAGGAUGGAAGGGACCCUGAGUGCCCGAAGCCGAAGUAACAGCACAGAGCGGUUGUUCGAUUCGGCUGCUGUUGGCACAGAAGAUUACCAUGAAAGUGAAGGUUCACGCAACAGAACCAGAGCAGUUGAAAACCAAUACUCUUUCUACUGACUUUGCUGAUUGAGUGGUUUUCAGUGCAUCCCUCUCAUUUGGAUCAGUAGUUUUGGAGAAGAGAAUUGAGAAGCUUGUUGAGGUCACCUCCUUGUUGGCUACUUCCAUAUUGCAUUUAUUAUUGCUUUUCUCCAGGCCUGUGAAUAUGUGUAUAAUACCUCCUUGCAUUCUUUCACAGUAGAAAGUAAAGAUAGUUCUUUCUGUUCCUGAGGAGGUACAGUGGUGGUAGACUUCACACAGCUACAGAACUUCAGAGUGAAACACAAUCUUUCUCUUUUACUUUCUUUUUGGGUCCAGGAGCACAAUCCAGAAUUAUGGAGAAAAAUCUGCAUCUCUAUGGAGUGAGGUUAUUAUGCCUGUUUGUUUCUAUCCUGGCUGUCUGAUUUGGAUGAAAUCAGAAAGUUAGAAUCAGGAAGUGGUAAUUUAAAAAGUGAAUUGAAGCUGGGCAAUCUAGUAGCUGAUUGUUGCUAAAAGUUCAUAUUGCCCUUUAAUCAGCAAUGUCAAGGUUUGUACUUAGAGGCCAAUGCUGGAAACACUAGCAAAGUGAUGUUUUGUAUGCAUCCUCCCUGUAAAUUGAUUUAUUUGUUCAUCUUUUAACUGUACACUCACCCCAUAUUUUACAUCCUUGGAAACAAAAUGGUAAGUGUCUGGAGUGCAGUUAUGUAAGUUGCAUACAUAAGAAGCUGCCUAACUUGCUGUGAGAACACAGGUCCAUCCAGCCCAAAUGUAUGAAAUGUCACACCUCUCCAAAAAUCAGCACCAACUAUUGCCUUUCAGUGUUGAUGGACCACAGUCAGUAUCUUGACUCCACUUCAGAUAGUUUAGCUGUUCUUAUUUUGUACCACUGUGCUUCACAAGACAUGUCACAAUGCUUUUUCCACCAAACUAAUUCCAAUUAAUAUUGAUUGGUAGAAAGAGGAUCUGAAGGCUUCCAGCUUUACAGUUGGUGCAGAUUUUAUUUUUGGACAGAUACAAUCAAUUAGUGGAUGUAACACCACAUGUUCUGAAAGUUGGUUUAUAAGUUUCUAUUUGCUGAUAGCUAUCUAGCAUUUGCAUUAAAUAUGAUUUACAAGAAUGAAUCUUUGUUACAACCAUAUUGAGAAUGGGCAGCUUCUCAUUUGUGACAUGUAACUUCCUUUUAGUAAAUCCUCUAUUUUUGGAAAGCAUUUAGUUUCAACUUAAUUUGAGUAGCUUUCAUUAUUGGAUUUUCCAUGUGAUUUGAAGAAAAAUAUAAUAUUAGUAAGUGCAUAAUGUUGCCUUUUAAUUUUAAUUUGGCAUUACCACUCCUUCCUCAAUGAAAUGGCAAUUGUUUCAAUUAAAGAAGAACCCCUAAAUAUCCUUUGAACUGAAAAAAAAGUCUGAGUUUACAUAAAAAAACUUUGAAAUAUAUUCUUCAAAGUAAGUAGUGGCAUGGAGCACUGGAAUUCUGUGAACUGAGAGCCCUAGGAAAAGUUUUAUUUGAUAUUUUAGAUAUUUUGGAAACCUCUGAUAUAGUGUAUUCCAUCACUUAAUCUAAGAAAAUAAAACUUGCUUGUAACAAAGAGAUAGAAAAAUGUAGCCAUUUUCCAAUAAAUCUGUAGUUGGCUAGUUUGCAGAAUUUUCCUUAUUGAUUUACAUUAAAAUGAUUACAUAGUUCUGUAUUAAGACAACACUUCAAUAUCAAAGUCACUAAAGUACUAGUAAAGAAAGUUGAAAGCAAGCAAAAUUUAAUCUGAAAUAAUAGCCGUUAUUAUUUUAUAAAAUACAUAUAAACCAGAAUAGCUGUGAAUCCACUGAGUUGCAAGGGAUUAGAGAUUGGUGAUGGGGAGGAAAUCACUAUGCUGUCCUAAGACCUGUGCUUAACACUGAAAUUCAAAUCAAACCACAGUACUGUAUUAAAUUCAAAACACAACUAGUGCAAUGCUACCCAUUUUGGCUAAGUACUAUAUUCAGUAGAUCUUAUGGACUGCAGACUAAGCCACUGUUAGUAGUUCACAAGUUAAAGAUGGAAGAGAUGCAGCCUAAGGCUGCUAGACCUAAUUACAAAGCUAGUGACGUUAUGCCCUGAAUGCUCAAGCAGAGUUGUCAUUGGCAAAUGACUAGAGAUAAAAAAAUAGAUGUGCCCAGACAUACAUGUGUUAGUUGCAGGCUCAUUGCUUUUGCAGAGGUGUUGUGAACUGCCCAGAGUUUCACCCUGGGACCACGCCUCAAUUUUCCAGUAUAAAAAAUAUCUGGUGAACCUCCAUAAUACAGUACCUUAGAUCAAUUUGGAUAUUUAAAGCAUUACCGUAAGUUCAAAGCAUACAGCCAUGGCUAUAUAUGUAUGUUGUGGGUUUUUUCAGAUUGGUUUUACAUUUGUAUGCUGCCCAUCAUGAGUUGGGCACCCUUAUACAUCCUUUAAUUAAUUAAUUAAAUAAAAGUAAUUGUAAAAAAAAUAAUGUUAAAAAAAUUCUAGGUGAAAGGAAUAAAUUGCUACAAAAAAAUAAGGUUCCUAUACAUCUGUGAAAGCAUUUUUAUGUAACAAUAAACCAGAAUUGCUGGGUUAUCCAGAUUUAAUGUGAAAGAACAAUGUGGUAAUGCUUGGAAUUCACUUUUUUCUGCUUUAUUCUUCUUCCCCCCGAGCUAUGACUAAUAUCUAAUUCUUGGGUUAUAAACCAAUAAUAAAUCAAGAUUUUUGCAGAGUGUAACAGAGCUGGUAUUGAAUUAAAUAUGAAAUAAAGGAGAAAAAGAAAAAGGGAUUGAAUCAGAAAAAGAAAAAAAAUACUAAAAUAUUAAUAUUACUUUAAACUUUAUUAUCAAUGUUAGAUUAACAGUUCCAAUAAAGAGACUGUGUUGAAAUAAAUUUUCGGAUGAUUUAAGGAUUAAUAAAGAUUUAUUUUAAAUGGUACAAAAUUGUUAGUUAUCAGGUGAUGACUGUUGAGCAUUUAAUUAAGUUAGGUAUUAUUAAAAUGAUUGUUUAAUCAAACAAAGCAACAACUUAAAAUCCGAAACAAAAGUGGGGAACCCAGUCUUUCCAGGUGUUGCUAAUUUAUAACUCCCAGCAUCUCUAAGCCAGCAUUGUCAAUAGUGAGUAUAAGGGCUGAAGCUGGCAGGGCAGGAACCAACAUUUCUGAAACUAUACAAAAUAAUCUAAACAUUGAGAAGAUAGUUUCCAUGCUCAAAGUGGAAGACAGAAAGAAAAGGCCUAGAGCUAGAAGUAGGCAGAGAGAAAGAAAGGGAGAGUGCUUGAUUUUGUGUUCUGCCAUAGGCAGAGCUUCAUAUAUAUGGUUUGUUUCUUGUCUGUAAUAAAGCAACCAAUCUAGUUUGUGAGCUUCAGUUGUUAGCAGGUUCCUGAGAAUGGGGUUAAGUAUUUGGAGAGCUGAGAUUUAUUGCUGAAUCUGGCAUGAAAUCAGACAGUGAAGGAUGUUAGGAAUUUUAAUUCAGUAGUAUCUGGAAGGCUAUAGGUUCUGCAACUCUGGCCUAAAAUAAACCAAAUUCAUUUUAUUUUGGACACUAUUCUCUGUUUCUUAGCUUUUGGCUUCAUAAGGAAACUUGGAAAAAAUUAUUUGCUAUGAGCAGUUAGAAUGCAUGGAUGGGUAAGUGUAUGUCUCUUUUAAAGAAACUGAUAAAGACAAAUGAUGCUUCUUGAGCAACACAAUACUGAAAAAAUGCUGUCAUGAUUUUCAGAGCAAAACCCAUAUUUUUCCCUCUAAAUAAAAGUAUUAUAGACUCAUACAUGGAACAUGAUAUAACACAAGGGAAAUUUUUGAACACAGGCUUACUUUUCAGAUUCUUUUUUCAUUAAAUAAAUGUGUGCUCAAGGAAGCAAUGAUUACCUUCAUAGACACCGUGAUUACAUUAUUCAUGUCAUUUGUGUGAUGAUCUCAUGACACACGUGAUGUUAUUGAGGCUCGUACCAAACAUCUAUGUUCUCCAUAAUGAAGAAUCAUUUGGUGGUAUUAACCAGGUAACAAGAAAGUUACAGAAUUUUAUCAUUUUAAUUUUUUCUGUGCCAAUUGAAACAAUGGGGGGAAAGGGCUCCAAAAGCUGCAAACUGAAUGUUAAUUUGUAAAUACAAUUUUUUAAAAACUGUGAAAAAGUUUUAAUGUGCAGUAGAAUAAAUUUUAUUUACAAACUUGUAAAGGAUCUGGAAAAA